AAUGAAUGAAGAUCGGUCGACAAAUACCAAUUGUAGACACGACACAAAACGAGCCCGCUCCCCGAAGGGAAGGCAUUAUACUUACUAGAAGUUGAAGUUACUAUAUCUAAACAAAUCUCCCCCGACGAAACUACAAAGGAUGAUCAACACGAAGGGCGAGCCGACGCUGCAGACGCUGCACGACCGGAAGAAAAAAGAGCAGCCGCCGCAGGAAACUGUCGAGCAGAUCAUUGAUGCGGAGUACAACACGACCAACCGUCACCAGGACAACGACGAGCCUGGUGCAACAUCUUCAAGCUCCUCGCGGUCCCCGACGAGAAGUCAUCAACAACCCGCGAACAAUAGUUCUUUUCUCUUCCUGCCCGCGGAGACCGACGGACCCGCGCCGCUGCUGUCCGGCGUGCUCAGCCAUAUCAACUGUAAAAAUGUCUGGGUCUGGAAGAAUUCAUGUUUGUCAUGCUUGUCUGGCAUGACUCUUAAAUCUGUCACGCACGUUACCCAAGAGCUCCGUUUUUCUGUGAUGCAGAAGCGCAGUUUAUCAUGCAGAAUAGGCAACACCUAGGAGCUCAGAAACUUGUCAUGCUGAGCCAGCAUUUGUAGCCUCAUCAUGAGACGCCACCCAGUAUCACAAGUUUCCAGACCCAGACACUUUUACAUUUGAUAAACCAAGCCGGCGUGCAAAUUGACGACGAUGACCCGCGGGACAUCGAGCGGGUGCUCGACGUAUCAAAUGCAAAAAUGUCUGGGUCUGGAAGAGUGUAAACUUGUCAUGCAGAUUUUCCAUGACCCGCGAGGUCUGGAAUGCGGGACGUAGCAUGACGGACUCUGCGAGGUCUCUGCCAUGCCUAUCCUGCAGGAGAAACUCCCUCCCAACCUAGCGAAAGUGGACAGUUUUUGGCACUCAUGCAACACAGAGUUUUGCAUGCUUCAGAUUUACCAUGACAAGUUACCACCUUCCAGACCCAGACAUUUUUGCAGUACAUACGACGCCCACGCGUACGACCUCGCCCGGGACGACCACUUUCUGCGGGCGCACAACGUGCCGGAGCGCAAAUACAACGAGGACAGCGAGGAGGAGCACCUGGACCACCACGGCCGGGAAGCGCUAUUGAACGCGGCAAACAACCUGGGCCCGCACCACGAUGCCGAGGACGGCAUCAAACUCGCGCAGGGCGAGCGGGUGGUGCAAAACUACGUGCUGGAGGGCCGGUUCGUGGAGGAGCGGCUGGUCGAGGAGACGCUGCGGAAGGAAGAGCGCGAGGUGGAGACGACGAACGUGAAGCUGCAGACGAUUAUCAAAUGCAAAAAUGUCUGGGUCUGGAAGAGUCUAAACUUGUGAUGCUGUCUCUGGAUUCGAAAAAGAUUGGUAUUGCAUGACCAGCAAGAGGAGUAGAUUUUGUGCUCCGCGGAGAUGGCAUCUGUCAUGCGGAAUACAUAGGCAUGAAAAAGCGCUCUAAAAAUCUGUGAUGCUACGGCAUGCAUCACAGACAUCCUGGGUCAUGGAUAGUAUGCAUGACAAAUGUAGAAAUCUUCCUGACCCAGACAUUUUUACAGUUGAUAACGAUCACGGAGAAGCAAAAAAAGCUCAUCGUCGGGAUCAAGCCCUUAUCAACUGCAAAUAUGGCUGGGUCGCCGGGAAGAGUUAUAACUUGUGAUGCUACCUACCUUUGGACUCUGCAAAAAACCUGUAUUGCAUGAACGGCAAAAGAGGUCCAGUUUUUGCCACGCAAAGAGGGCAUUUCUCAUGCGGUUUAAGCAUGAGAAAGCUCUCGCAGCAUCUGUGAUGCUAGGGCAUGCAUCACAGACUUCAUGGGCAUGGAAAUAUGCAUGACAAGCUUGGCACUUCUGUUUAGCAUGACAAACUUGGCACUUUUCCAGACCCAGGCAUAUUUGCAAUGCAUAGUACUACCGGGUGGUCGAGAAGGUGAUGGAGGUGCCGCAGGUGGUGGUCAAGGAGCGCACCAAGGUCAAACGGGUGCCGGUGCUCGAGGAGCGGGUGGUGGAGAAGCCGGUGAUUGAGGUGGUGGAGAAGUUUGUGGAGGUUCCCGUCGUGAUAUGCAAGAAAAAAACUGUGUAAGUGUAAAUUUGUGAUGCAGAACAUGCAACAGAGUUACACCUGUCAUGCCAGACAGCCAUGAAGUCCUCUUUUCGUGUGUGUUUUCCCUUACAAGCCACGCAUGACAGGUUUUCUCUGUCAUGUAAAGCAAAUUUGUGAUGCUGUUUCUCAAAGAAAGUUACACUUACUUUUUUUUCUGGAUACGUGAAGUACGUGACGAAGGAAGUGGAGGGGCCCACGACCGUGAUGGUGGAGGAAAAACGGGUGGAGGUGCCGAAGAUCAUCUACGAGGAUCGGUACAUUGAGAUCCCGAAAGUGAUCUACGACGAGAAGGUCUUUUACGAGGACCGAACGGAGUACCGGGAGUAUGCAUUGCAAAAGUUUGAUCGUAGUCGGACUAGCAUAAUUCGCAUGCCAAAUUUUCUCAGGAAGAAAAAGGAAACGUGUCAUGCAGAUUCAGGUAACAAGGCAGAUGUGUCAUUUUAAUACUGUACACGCAAGUUUAGUACCGUGCGUCAAAUGCGAUGCUUUUGGACUGCAUAGGGAGGUGAUCGUGGACAAAAUCGUCGAGGAAACGGUCGUGAAGAACCGGGGAGUGAAGAAAAAAGUGGAGCAACGGGUCCCGGUGUACAUCAUGGACGCCGCGACCGGGCGCAAGGCGGACCUGUCCGAUCUGAAAACCAUCACGGAAGCGGACGCUGCCGAGCAGAAGGAACUUGCAGAAUUGCAGGGCUUGGCCGCGAGCAGAACCGGGGCAGCGGCGCUGAAGGCCGCGGGAAGCGUGGACGCAUACGUACAGUUGUAGACGGUGGCGGAUUUUGAUUUAUUUGCUGGUUUUUAUUCAACCUGUUACAAAAGAAAAACAUCCACAGUUGUGGGGGUGCAUCUGCAUACUUAGUUCAUCCUUCUGCCAUUAUUUCCGGGAAAUACAGUACGUGAAAGAAGGACAAACAAAAAACCUAUCAGGGCAACGCGGUGCUGAAGACUACGGAAACGCAAGAGGUGAGCAACAUCGUCGAGGCGCCGAGCGUAUGAACUGCAAAAGUAUCGUACUCGUAUAAAUGCAUUACAAAUUAUUUCCUCAGCAUGAGAAAAAAAUUUGUAAUGCGGAUUUACCUUCAAAAAAAUGCAUGAUUGCAAUACGAAUACGAUACUUUUGCACAGGAUAGAGCGUCGAUUUCGUCGACAUGCCCGUAGUCCGCAGAUAUCAAAUGCAAAAAUGUCUGGGUCUGGAAGAAUGCAAGUUUGUCAUGCUUGUCUGGCAUGACUCGAGAAUCUGCGUUGCAUAGGCACGCAAGGGCCCUCUUAACUGUCAUGCGAAAAGGCAGUUUGCCAUGCGGAAUACAUAAGAUAUGGCAGCCACAAUCACAAAAUUUGUCAUGCAUAGCUGCGUAUUGCCGCGCGUCUAUCAUUCACUUUUAGCAUUACAAGUUUCCAGACCCAGACAUGUUUGCAAUCCAUAGCAGAGUCCCCGUGCCAACCUAUCGUUUGGUUUUCCCCGACGGAAGGAAGCGGAUCGUCAAGGGCCUUCCGGGGUAUCCGCAAUUACCGCUGCCCGCGGGAUAUGCGGAGAAUGUGCUCGGCUUUCACAAGGGGGUAAGUACUACAGAUAUCCUUUUCAACGAUGACGAUAGAUGUUUGUGCUUGGAGUUUUUUCUUUCAGUUUGUUUCUUCUUGUUCUACUUCCAGCUGCGGAUAAUUUAUUGAUUCGUCCGCUGCAGCUCACUUACACAAAAAUCGUACCUCCCAAAGCAAGUGCAUCAAACAAAUUCCAGACCCAAGCGCAGCAGCAAAAAGCGGCUCCUUCCGUCGGCGGGGCCCCUCUUCCGCCCAACGCGCAAAAUCUCGGCUACAAUGCGGCUCUCCACAACACCAUUCGCGGUCCUCCGAGCAUCGAUCACCAAUGCAGCGCGUGUGGCCGCACGGGGACGCUGAAGGAUUACGCGAUGGGCAACAACCCGUACCGCCCGUCCAAACUCGAGGGCGCCGAAAUCCCCAACUUCAUCGGCGACCACCACUACCUGCGCGGACCGCCGAACGCACACGGAAAACUGAACUACAACUCCAUUCACCCGCACCUGCGGCACAGCUCGCAGAUGGGAGGAAACGUGCACGAGAAACCCGCAGGAGGAGUAGAUCGGGCAGCUUUGUACUACCCGGAACCACCAUCGUCGUCGGAAGGAGGGGCCAGUAAAGAGUCCGCUUUAAUUCUUGGCAACCCGGGGGCUGCAGGGGAAUUUGAGGAGCUUGUGUUCGCAAGAACAACUACUGGGCCAUCGGCGGAACGGAGAAAUAAGGUUGAUGAUGGUGAAGCGGAUGCUGCAGAUCUCCCCGACGACCACCUUUUCUACCUGGCGCAGCAGGCUACCUCAACCGCAAGGAGUAGAACACAGUCAGGACAUCAAGUAAUGCAAAACAACUAUAACGCCGCAAGAAUUGUAGACGGGAGUACGGGGAUGCAGCCGUUGGAAGCGCAGUACUAUCCGUAUUUGAUACAAGAAAACGAACGCAAAGCCGAGGUGGAUAAAGCGAGGAAAAGCACAGUUGUGGAGCAGGUGGCCGAGGAGGUUUUGGAACCUUCGUGGGAGGACAAUCUUUGGAGUUUCAUCUUUGCAUAAUGAAGUUAAAAGAAAAUGACACAUCAGAUGACACACCAAAAUAAUGACUUAACUCUUGAUCUUGUUUCUUUUUGAUUUUUAAGUACUGUAAGAUCCUUCAGAGUGGAAGUGUUGAUAAUGCAAAAAUGACCCCCAGACUAAAAUGAAGAAUACUCUUACUCCACGUCAGAUUUAUCUGCUUUGAAUUUCGUCGUUUUCGAAGAAGACUGUGGGUGUGAAGCAAUGACCAAUCAAAUGCUCGAUCGAGCACGAGACAGACACUUCCUUGUAGAUUCGACAGCGAAGAAGAC